ACUACUAUAACUUCUGCAAGUGCUAUGGACAGUUAAUCUCUUAAGUAGACAAUUAAGCCGAGCUACUCUUAGUUGUAACAAUUAAUUGAGCCUGCCAUGUGGUCCAUGUGUGUAUGAGAAUAUACUCAUAAACAUACCCAUAUUAAGAACCUAUCAACUAUUGCUUCACAACGAAUGUAUAUAAUUGGUGUCUAUUAUUAAUCUCCAGGUCUGUUGGGUGGUGUAUGUUUAUUAAUAAAAUGUGGGCACAAAGUAAGUGAUAAGGUCUAGAAGGUGUCGGUGAAUAUGUUCGAUUCAACUUUAACAAGCACAAGCAAAGCUACGAUGAAUCAUGAUUGAAAAGCAGGUCUUAUGUAAUUAUCAACAACAAAAAAGAGAUUAGGUGUUAUGGUGUAAAACGACGACUAACAUGUGAUGGAAUUUGUUCGUUUUCCACAAAAUAAUAUAUAAAAAAUAAAGCAGUUGCAAAAUCUUCUUAUAUCAACUCAGGAAACCAAUUUUUUUAUUUUGAGUUGGUUAGUUUAAUCAGUUAUGAACUUAUGAAUAUAAUAUCAGAGUGCGAAGGGAAUAGGUGCACAUAAAAGUGCUAGAAGAAUUUUACCUUAUGGACCAAUCACAAUGUUUUAGUAAAUAUUUUGGGUUUAAAGAAACUACAAACCAGUCUAAAAUUUUUAUUCACAAGAACUAAUUUAUUUUGGUGAAUAUCUCCACACAAAAAGAAGAGACUAUUUUAGUUGUAAAACUAUAAAAUCCAUGAUGGCAGCAACAAAAAAUAUUUAUUCUUUCAGUUUUCUACACAACUAUAUUUUCUUAUUCUUCCAUACAGGUAUUAAUGUAUUAUAUUGAGUUAAAUGUGCUAUUGAUCAAUAAAUAUCAAAUUUCAUCGAAAAAUUAUAUAUAUUUCUUUGACGGCAAAUUAUAUAUCUAAGGACAUCUCCAUCUCCACUCCAUAAUUUACUCUAAAAAUGAAGUCGGAAAUGUAGUAUGAACAAAAAAUAAAAAAAAAAUCAAUUUAUGGAGUAAUCACUUUUUUAUUCUUCACUAUUCUAUUUUUCACUCUAUUUUGCAGUAAAUUAUAGAGUGGGGACGAAGAUGCUCUAAACGAGAACUUUCAUAUAAGUGGUAGAUAGUAAAACCAAAUAUAUUAUACUAGAAAAGCUUAUUUCUACAAUUAUAAUGUCAAUAAGUGUGUAGAAUCAAAAUGAUAAUGUCACAGAACUGGAGAAAAAACAUGUGACCACCACAUGCUAUUAGAUGUCCAAGUUUGACUUUUAUUAGUCACUCACAAACGCCUUGGCUAAUAAUAAAACUCCUCGUGCUAUUUAAUUGUGUUUUGGUUAAGACUUAUGCUUAGUUCACCUUUACCUUAAGGUAAGGAUGUAAUAAGAUAAGACCCGUUGUUUCAAAAUAAUGUAUUUUUAAAAUUUUCACACAUAUUAAUAAAACAUAUUAAAUUUUAGUUACAAAUGUAUAGUUUUUGUGAUUAUAUAUUUUAUAUAAUUUUAAACCAAUAAAAAUUCAAAAAAUAAAAAUACAACUAAUUAUUUUGAAGUUUACAAUUAAUCAUUAUUGGUUAAUAAAAAUAUAUUAAAAUUCAGAAAUAUAUCUUUUAAUUUUUUUUUUCUUUCAAAAACAUGCAUCUAUCAAACAACGGAGGGGUAUUGUAUUAGCCUAAUUUAACGUGUCGAGCAUGCAAGUUCUCACAACUUCAAAAUUUUCCUUUUUCUUUCCUUUGGUUCCCCUCUUCGACUUGAUGGUUCACCCUUCUUUCUGGCGAUUUCGUCUUCAAGUAACCCCUUCGCGUCUUCGCAAUCGUUGCUUCCACACCUCUCCGGGUGCAUACACACCAACCUCUUAUCCUCAGAGGAUCGUUUUGGUUUCCCCAUGCUGGUCACUUACGACUGAUAACGAUCACCAAUCCCUCUUCCGUUACUUCAACCUCGUUCUUGAAUCAAGCGUGACAGCUCAGCAAUGCCAGCAAGUUCACGCCCAACUACUUCUAUCCGAUCUCAUCUACCGUUCCGGGUCAUCAUUACCUGCGAAACUCGUCUCGGUUUACACCCGGUUCGGUUUCCUCCACGAUGCCCGUAACGUGUUCGACACUGUUCCGCUUGUUCUGUACUCGGAUUUACGUUUAUGGAACUCGAUUUUAAAAUCCAACGUCACUCACGGACAACACGAGAACGCGCUUGAGCUCUACGAUGCAAUGCGUGAACGAGGUCUCACUGGGGACGGGUUUAUCUUACCAUUGAUCCUUCGAGCUUGUCGUUACUCAAGUCGUCUUGGUUUGUGCAGGGCUUUACAUAGUCAUGUGAUUAAGAUCGGUUUGCUAGAGAAUCUCUAUGUAGCGAACGAGUUGCUCACCCUGUAUCCAAAGGCGGGAAGGAUGAGUGAUGCAUACAAGCUGUUCGUCGAAAUGCCUGUGAGAAACCGUAUAUCGUGGAACGUCAUGAUCUCAGGUUAUUCUCAAGAGCAUGACUGUGAAAAUGCUGUUAGGGUUUUUGAAUGGAUGCAACGCGAAGAGUUUGUACCGGACGAAGUGACUUGGACUUCGGUUUUGUCUUGUCAUUCUCAAUGCGGGAAGUUUGAAGAUGUGAUCAAGUAUUUUGAUGUUAUGAGGAUGAGUGUGAAUGUAGUUAGCGGCGAAGCUCUUGCUGUGUUCUUCUCUGUGUGUGCUGAGUUGGGAGCGUUCGGUACUGCUGAGAAGGUUCAUGGGUUUGUUGUAAAAGGCGGGUUUGAAGAGUAUUUGCCAUCCAAGAACGCGUUGACGUAUGUGUACGGGAAGCAAGGGAGGGUUAAAGAAGCUGAGCAGUUGUUUCGGUUUAUAAGGAACAAAGGUAUAGAGAGCUGGAAUGCUUUGAUCACAUCGUUCGUGGAUGCUGGUAAACUCGACGAGGCGCUUUCGUUGUUUACUGAGUUGGAGGAGAUGAAUGGCUUUUGCAACGUCAAGGCUAAUGUUGUGACUUGGACCUCCGUUAUCAAGGGGUGUAACGUGCAAGGAAGAGGAGAUGAUUCGCUUGAGUAUUUCCGGCGAAUGCAGUUUUCGAAAGUUUUGUCUAAUUCAGUGACGAUUUGUUGUAUACUAUCCAUCUGUGCAGAGCUUCCUGCUUUGAAUCUGGGGAAAGAGAUCCACGGACAUGUGAUUAGAACCUCGAUGAGCGAUAACAUUCUGGUUCAGAAUGCGUUGGUGAAUAUGUACAGCAAAUGUGGAUCACUCAGUGAGGGGAAUCUAGUAUUUGAAGCAAUUAGGGACAAGGAUUUGAUCUCAUGGAACUCGAUGAUCAAAGGUUAUGGUAUGCAUGGGUUUGGUGAGAAAGCUCUAAGCAUGUUCGAUAGAAUGAUAAAAUCCGGGUUGCAUCCAGAUGGGAUUGCUAUGGUAGCUGUUCUUUCGGCUUGUAGUCACGCAGGGAUGGUUGAAAAGGGACGCGAAAUUUUCAGUUCGAUGGGAAAAAAGUUUGGAAUAGAGCCACAACAAGAGCACUAUGCAUGUAUUGUUGACCUCCUCGGUCGUGUAGGGUUUCUGAAAGAAGCUAGCGAGAUUGUGAAGAGCAUGCCGAUGGAGCCUAACGUCUGUGUGCUGGGAGCUCUAUUAAAUUCUUGCCGCAUGCAUAAAAAUAUGGACAUCGCAGAGGAUGUAGCAUCACAGCUUUUCGAUCUUGAGCCUGAGAAGACAGGAAGCUAUAUGUUGCUAUCUAACACUUACUCUGCUAGCGGAAGAUGGGAAGAUUCUGCAAAGGUUAGGGCCUUGGCGAAGAAAAAGGAUCUUAAGAAACUUUCUGGAAGCAGUUGGAUUGAGUUAAAGAAGAAAGUGUACAAAUUCUCGUCAGGAUCAUCAGAACAGAGCGAGUUUUCGAGCGUCUACCCGGUUCUUGAGGAUUUGGUCAGUCACAUGUGGAAGAAAGGUCCUACACACGAUGGACAUCAUUACGAGGAUGAUCAUGACUUAUGGACAGCGUAAUAGAUGAGUAUAUCCCGCACAGACUGAGAUGUAGGCAAUGCUACAGACCUUUAUCAAACUAGUCUCAAAAAGUGAAGAAUGUUGUAGGUUCUGAUAACCCACGGCGUUAUCUUUGAUGUGCUAAAUGAUGAUCGUAGGCAAAGGUAAAGAACGCUAUUGCCUGUCCUUUACUACCGAGAAAUGCCGAGCUGCUGCAGAACAAAGUUGAGUUCAGCCUUGGAACGUUCAAUCUAGCACUGAAGAUCGCACACAAUCCUAGAAUACCCACCAAUUGGUUCAUGGUCACACAGAUCAGCGUCGAAGUCAAAGAUAAUGGUGUGCAUAACGAUAUCUUGCUGAGAUUGUGCUAUAACAGUUUUAAGUUUAAUCAUACUCUUACAUUACUUUCAAAUUUAUGAAAUAAUCUUCAAUACCAA